AUGUUCUGGGUCGUCCGGUGUGGCCUUAACUGGACAGCAACGCUGUCGACCGAAGGGAUAUGGGUCACCGUCGACGGCUACAGCUACCCAGGCGGUACUGGCAUCCACAUUGUUGUGGGUGUCAAGAACGGAGACAACUUUGACUGCCUUUUUGUCGGCCCCACCGCGCUGCCCCCCAACAGCGCGGGCUCCUACCAGCCCCAGGAGCAGGCCAUACCAUGGGCAAUUUCGGCGGCGUGGACCGUGGCCACGGGGAUGCAGAGCACCGAGUAUAUGCACCUCAUGGCCAGCCUGGACAAGAACGAAUGGGGCGUUUCGUUCGAGGGGGUCGAAAAGAGUGGCGCAACGCUCUCGGGAGGCACGACGCUCUCGGGACAGUUCACCAAGAAAAACACCGAGGCCGGCACCGUCGAGGCCCUCGGGGCCCAUGUCGACGACACCAGUGCUCGGGACACUUUCAAUACCGCACUCAAUGCUUGUGUUGCGGAUCUCCCGGCCGACGAGAAUUGGACUCUUGGUAGCGACUAG